AUGACACUAUCCCAGCCCUGCUACACCUGCCGCUAUCGGCGCGUUCAAUGUGACUUGUCUGCCAGACCCUGCGCAAAAUGCACAAAGGCUGGGGUGGAAUGUCUUGAGAAGCGCCCCAUCCGAUGGGUUAAAGGCAUCUCCAUCCGAGGCAAGCGAAAGGGCGUAUCUUUGAGCCAGCUUGCUGAGGCUCCUUCCGCGGAAUCUGCCAUCAUUCCCUUCUUGGCACGGCCGAAACUCUCUCGAGAAGAUAUAAGCAAGACAGAUGAUCUCGCGGUCCCGUUGGGCCUCGGAGAUCCUUCGCUCUGCUGCUUAGACUCCGGAUCAAAGUAUUAUUUGAGCUACUACGAGGACUGCAUUUGCAGCCUCUUUAUCGUCUACGACAGCGAUCAUAACCCCUUCCGCAAACUCUUGUCGCUAGCCCUGAGUGACUCGACUUUGCUGAAGGCGGCCCUCGCUCUGGCAGCGCGUCACAGAGCGAAUCUGGGCCAGUCAUUCCAAGCGUACGAUGAAGAAAGUCUUCCCACUGAUGUUUCCGUGCACCAGGAUGCCCUGGCGUUCAAACAUCGCGCCAUUCGUGCGAUCUCCUCUGCUUUGAGCGACCCAACGCUCUGCGCUCAAGAUACUACCGUUGCCAGCGUGUUUCUCUUGAUUUUUCUAGACCUAUUAGAAUCUGGAAGCGAUCGGUGGAAUUUCCACCUCGAAGGCGCUAAGAAGCUGAUCAAAUUCAGCCAACAACAGCCCGGGAGAUUGCGCGAAGCCAUUCAAGGCUCCGGGCAGACGCUUAAACUGAUUAGGGAUUUUAUCAAUAGCCAGAUUUACCUCAUUGAGACCCUUGGCGCCACCUUUGUGCGGCCGCAUCUGUUGACAGACUCGAGCCCGUUGGAACCUGAGCGCGUGCUGUGCCGAGAGACAGAGAUGGUCGAACAGUCAUUCCUUGGCUGCCCUGAAUACCUCUUGAUGGCUAUCCGAUGCAUAUCACUCUCCCGCGACUCUGUUCACGACUGUUCUAAUAACGAGGCGCUAGAGUACCACAAGUACAAUGUCGCUGCAGUUGUGCAGAUGGUUGCGGACUUUGACUGUAUGGUGUGGGCCGUGAACCUGCCGCGGUUUGGCCCGGCAGCAGAGAAUGCGACCAGCGACCUCAGCAUGCUGGCUAUGUCCUACAAGCUCGGAGCGCAAAUCUACGGGCAGCGGGUUCUUGACACUCUAUCCAACACGGAAACUUCACUUGCGGCGCUCCUGGCCCAGUUGAUGCAGUCUAUCGCGACACUCCGUGACAGCGACAAUCUCCUGAAAUGCGCUCUCUGGCCAAUCUGUAUUGCGGGCUUGGAAUGUCAAGUGACUGAGGAACAAGAGUUCCUCAUCCGAUCUCUUGAGCAAUUCUGGGAGAGCACCAAGUGCGUCAACGUGAUCAACGCGGCCAAAAUUCUGCAGCGGCACUGGCAGGAUCAGCGCCGUCAGAGCCGCAUUUCCUCCUCGUGGAUUGUGGAUAUCGGCCGGUCGGGCCGUGAUUGGCUGCUGAUUUAG